AACGUUUGUGUCUGAUUGAUGCCUGCUUCAUUGCACUCCUCCUCUCUAGAGCAAGAGCUCAAUGACAUGGUUCGUGGUGACAAGUAUUGGUCAGCCGACGUCGUAAAGGCGGACAAAAAAGACGAAAUGAAAAGCAAAAAGAGUCCGAAGGCAAAGGUGCUUCAAUUGCUCACAUGCCGGCAAUUUAGGACUGACUGGAAGUCGCCGUUGAGAAGACGACCGGCGUAAAAGUAGGCACCAAGAAAGGAGUCAAAACCACCAUCAAGAAGGACCCAGCUCUGCUCAAGGCUCAACAAGCUGCAAAGAAAGUUCGGCAACAACGUCAGGUUUCAAACGCUUCCACUCCUCUCCGAUGGAUUGCUAUUCGACCUUCGUAUACUGCGCUGUCUUCUGAGAAAUAUCUACUCCAAUCAAAGAUGGCACCGGCUAUUAACAUGAUGCAAAGCAUUUGGCUUGAUGUGUUUCCAUGAGGAUCUAUUGGCUCGAUCAGGAUAAACUUCUGACAUCAAUCUGAUAAUGACGCAGGCGCAGCUUGGGCAGAAAGCCACCAAAACCCCCCGACAGCAGCUGAGGAAGAAUACCUCGACUAGUCUGCAGGGCGCUGUAUCUGCACGCCGCAAUCAGCAAGUACUUCCGAUACGAAGACUGCAAUCAAUAAUUGACAGUCGCUUG